ACCUUCUUCUUACUCUAUGUAUAUAUAUGUAUCAAACUGAACCAUUCUCACACAUACCAACGCAAGAACAUGGAUCACCGCAUGACGUCGUGUUUGCUUCUCCUCUUGGUCUCAACCUACUCUGUUUUGCAAAUUUCAUUUGCUCAAGAUGCUCCAACGAGUCUUUUUCCUGGAAUGAUAAUAUUUGGUGACUCUGUAGUUGAUGUCGGAAACAACAACUAUCUUCCAACCCUUUUCAGAGCUGAUUACCCUCCUUAUGGCCGUGAUUUUGCUGGCCACAAACCCACCGGCCGUUUCUGCAACGGCAAAUUAGCCACUGAUAUUACUGCUGAGACACUAGGGUUCACUAAAUACCCACCAGCUUAUCUAAGUCCCGAAGCUUCAGGCAAGAACCUUCUCAUUGGUGCUAAUUUCGCUUCUGCAGCUUCAGGUUACGAUGACAAAGCUGCUCUUCUCAAUCACGCGAUUCCGUUGUAUCAGCAAGUUGAGUAUUACAAGGAGUACAAGAGCAAGCUCAUAAAAGUUGCAGGAAGCAAACAAGCUGAUACGAUCAUAAAGGGAUCAAUCUAUCUCUUGAGUGCAGGAAGCAGUGACUUUGUUCAAAAUUAUUAUGUGAAUCCUCUUGUUAACAAAUUCUACACUGCUGAUCAGUACGGAUCUAUGCUUAUUGAUAACUUCUCUACAUUUAUCAAGCAAGUGUAUGCGGUUGGGGCAAGGAAGAUCGGUGUGACAUCUCUCCCUCCAACGGGAUGUCUUCCAGCUGCAAGAACCCUUUUCGGAUACCAUGAAAAAGGUUGUGUUUCAAGACUUAACACAGAUGCUCAGCAAUUCAACAAGAAGCUUAACGCAGCUGCUUCAAAGCUUCAGAAGCAAUACUCUGGUCUAAAGAUUGUUGUCUUUGACAUCUUCACCCCACUCUAUGAUCUUGUUCAGUCCCCUGCUAAAUCUGGAUUCACGGAAGCAACAAAAGGAUGUUGUGGAACAGGAACAGUCGAGACAACUUCGCUCUUGUGCAAUCCGAAAUCAUACGGGACAUGCACCAAUGCUACUCAGUAUGUGUUCUGGGACAGUGUUCAUCCUUCUGAAGCUGCCAAUGAGAUUCUUGCCACUUCUUUGAUUGGACAGGGCUUCUCUCUCAUUGGUUGAUCUAUUACGUUGUCUUCUGUACUCCGCUGUGUUUCUGUCAAACCUUGAGUCUUACACAGUUAUUUCCGUUUUGAAUUUAUGUAUCAAGUCCACCACUAUUUACUAUAAACGAAUUGAUGAUUGAUUA